AUGUCUCUCAAGGCCAUUGCUACUUUUGUCCUCGCGGCCAGCCUUGCUGUCGCAAAGCCCAUUGCCCCUGUCGAGGCUGCUCCCGGUGUGACCAAGCGCCAGUUCGACUUCAACUCUGUUGUCAAUGGUUUCAACUCCAACAACGGCGGCUUCAACUUCAUCAACGGCUUCAACAACUUCAACCAGCAGCGCCGCGUCAUCCAAGUCCAAGAGCAGAGCCUCCAGAUCAUUGACAAUGGCGGACGGCAGCAAAUCGUCCAGCAGGUCGAGCAGGUUCUUGUCGUGGACCGUGUCAACAACGGCUUCAACAGCGACCUCAACGACCUCUUCCGCAAGAGCAACUUCCGCAACCAAUUCCGCAACGUCGCCACCGUUGUGCUCGUCGUCCAGGAGAUUCAGGUCAUCAUUGACGACCGCCGCCGCGGCCGCAUCCAGCAGAACCUGUUCGCGCAGCGCGCCAUUGUGGCCAACCGGGGCGCGCGCCAAACGCAAACCGUCAUGAUCUUCGACAGCCGCAAGCUGAUCGCCCAGGAUAUUCUGGGCAACAACGCCUUCAACAACAUUGGCCGAUUCGGCGGCAUCGCCGGCGCAACCGGCGUGAUCAACGCGAACCUUCCCGUCAAGACGGAUGGCGUCCAGGUCUUCGACGUCAAGCCUACCUGGACGGCUAUGGCCCAGGACCCUGCUGAGACGCUCGGCUCCAUCUGGCAGGAUGCUCUCCAGGACCAGCAGAAGGCCGAUGCCGACAAGGCGGACAACCAGCUCAACCAGCAGAUUGCUCAGCAGGAAAUGAAGGCCAUGCAGCAGGCCAUGCAGAAGCAGAACCAGACUCAGACGGCUGAUAAUGCUCAGCAGAAGGCGGAUGCGCAGAAGCAGGCGGAUGCGCAGAAGCAGGCCGAUGAUGCUAAGAAGGCUGCUGAUGCUCAGAAGAAGGCCGAUGAUGCUAAGAAGGCUGAUGACGCGAAGAUGGCCGCCGAUGCUCAAAAGGCCGAUGCUAAGAAGGCGGCUGAUGCUCAAAAGGCGGCUGAUGCCCAGAAAGCCGAUGACGCAAAGAAGGCCGCCGAUGCUCAAAAGGCCGAUGCUCAAAUGGCCGAUUCUCAAAAGGCCGAUGCCCAGAAAGCCGAUGCUCAAAAGGCCGAUGCCCAAAAAGCCGAUGCUCAAAUGGCAGCUGACGCCGCAAAGGCCUCUGCUCCCGCUGCCGCUGCCGAUGCUGCCCCUCCAGCUGCCAGCAAGCGAGCAGAGUAA